CAUAAUCAAGUUUUUUUUUCUUUUUUUCACGUCUUGCAUUUAUGCACAUUUGAGUUUGAUGAACUUGAUGCAUAAGUUUUAACCACAUUCACACAUUAGCAGAAGGAUCCCAAUUAACAUAAAACCAAUCAAAGCACGCAUAAUUAUGUUUACACUUUCCACACCUUUACAUUUUAAUUCAACAUUGCGUAAACAAGAAUGUGUUUAACGUUUAUCUUUAAAUUUUAAAUAUACACCAGUUGGGUCUGAUAUUUUGAAAUAUACACGGCUGGAUUUACAUAAACUUUUAUCAUUUUAAAAGGCAUCCGUAGGGGAAUAACCAACCCCGAUAAAGUCGAAAUCAAACUCUCACGACCUCUGCGAAAUUUGUGUCACGUCCAUCUUGAAACCCGGCGCGAAACCCUUUUAGCCCCUGCAGUGAAUUCGGUUCGGAUCGGAUCAAAUCUACACAAUCGGAUAACUUUCGCUAUGGGCAAAGCGGAAUCCUUUGACUUCACAGACAUGGCUAAAUACAACAGCGAUGCGGAGCUGACUCUGGGCAACAACAAAAAGGGCUGUUUUAUUUCGAUAUUUGUGGGGAUUGUAAUUCUCUUUCUCGUGGUCUGUUUAGUGAUAGGAGUGGGACUUCUCGUGUACUUUGCCGGAAAGGAUAACGCCUGCAGUGAAAAUCCCGGUGCUUCCAAUGGAAAUGCGGCGGGAUUAGCUGAUAAAUGCAAAGACCUUAUUACUAAUGGGGAAAGCAGUAUAUGUGAUUUGUGUAAGAAAUCGUCUACAGUUAUUCCAGUGACCACACCAGCGCCCCCUAUGUUGCUGGACGUGCGGCUCCCUCGCUCCGUGCUUCCGGAACUAUACACAGUCGAACUUCAGCCGAACAUGUACGAAGGACCUCCUGACCGCUUCACCUUUAACGGAACUGUGCGAAUCAGGGUUAAAUGUCACGAAACAACUUCUAACAUAACUCUCCAUAUCAACAAAUUAAACCUGACAGGGGAAAUUCGAGUCACUGCAGCCUCUUCUUCUAUUUCUAUCCAAUACACGCGGCAUGAAAUAGACACGACUCGUCAGUUUCUAAUUGUUUACACAUCGGUUCCUCUGCAGCCAGAUCAGGAAUAUGACCUUGACAUGUCUUUUAUCGGUCCCCUCAAGGACGACCUCCAUGGAUUGUAUCGAAGUACAUACACCAGAAACAACAAGCCUGUAUUUACUGUAGCUUCAUUUCUAGCGCCGUCGUUCGCCAGAAACAUACUUCCGUGUUUUGACGAACCUGCCAUCAAGGCCAAAUUUGACGUCACACUUUGGCGAAGAGAAAAUAUGACGUCAUUAUUUAAUACGAUCCGUUUACACUCACAGGAGAGAGGAAAUGGCUGGAUAGCUGAUCAUUUUAAUACCACCCCGCCAGUAUCCACCUAUUUACUGGCCUUCAUUGUCAGCGAUUUCAUCUACAAGGAAGAUGUAACAGCCAAUGGAAUCACAUACAGAGCCUGGGCCAGACCCGAGGCAGUGAACCAGACUGAAUACGCCUUGUCUGUUGGAACAAAAGUACUCACUUACUUUGAGAAUUACUUUGGAAUUCCUUUCCCACUCCCAAAACAAGAUAUGAUAGCUCUACCGGACUUUGCUGCCGGAGCCAUGGAGAACUGGGGACUCAUUACAUACCGCGAAACCGCCAUGUUGUAUGACGAGCACGAGUCGUCCGAAUCUAACAAACAGCGCGUGGCUGAGGUUAUUUCACACGAACUUGCACAUCAGUGGUUUGGAAAUCUUGUGACGCCGUCUUGGUGGGAUGACCUCUGGCUCAACGAGGGAUUUGCAAGUUUUGUGGAGUAUAUGGGAAUCGAACAUGUACACCCUGAGUGGAAACCGUUUGAUCAAAUCGUUGUUGAAGACAUACAAGACGUAUUCAACUUUGACGGAUUGGUGACGUCACAUCCGGUAUAUGUUCCUGUGUCUCAUCCAGACCAAAUUAAUGAAAUAUUUGAUAGAAUAUCAUAUGGAAAGGGGGCGUCUAUAAUUCAUAUGAUGCGGUUUUUCUUGGGUGAAGAAACGUUUAAAAAUGGGUUAAAGCGAUACUUGAACAACCUAGCGUACAAAGCCGCCUUUCAUGAUGAUCUGUGGUAUGCUCUUGGUAAUCAAUCUGCUGUUGAAAACAAGAACUUAAAUGUGAAGGAAAUUAUGGACACGUGGACACUUCAAAUGAAUUAUCCCGUCGUCAAGGUUACUGUCAUGGCGGACGGAAAUGUUCGAAUCACACAGAAAAGAUACCUAAGAGACUACGGCUCCACGGAUCCGGGGAAAUACGUGUCACCUUUUAAUUACAAAUGGGAAAUUCCCUUCACAUUCACGACUAAAUCCAACCCCAAAUUUAAUGUAACUGAUGCCGACAUUCACUGGAUGCAUAAGACAGACCAAGAAAUUAUCGCAUCUAACAUACCGCAGUCUGAUUGGAUAAUUGGUAACGUGAUGCAGUAUGGGUAUUACCGCGUGACCUACAGCAACGAGAAUUGGAAUAGGCUUAUUGAACAAAUGAACCAGGAUCAUACGGUUUUAUAUCCAACCAAUAGAGCUCAAAUUAUCAACGACGCCUGGAACUUGGCUAAAUCUGGUGAUUUAGAUAUGGUCAUUGCACUAAAAACCGUCAAUUACUUGGAUAAAGAGAAGGAAUUUGUGGCCUGGCAGGCCGCUCUCCGUGAGCUGGGAUACGUAGACUCCAUGCUGGAACGGACGUCUUUGUAUGGUCCAUUCUCUAAAUUCAUGAGGAAUAAAGUCAGUGGCAUUUUCAAUCCAUCCUCUUUGAGUAGCUCAAAUAUGACACAUCUGGAAUCCUUUGUGAACACGCUGAUCGCUGCGGAGGCCUGUAAAUACGGGAUACAGAGCUGUGUUAAUGAAGCCUCCCGACUCUUCAACCUCUGGAAACAAACACCAAAACAAAACCCAAUUCGAUCAUCUGUGCGUUUGACAGUGUAUUGUACCGCCAUCAAGCACGGUACCAUUGAGGAGUGGGACUUUGCCUAUAAGAUGUAUCAAGAAGCCAAUGUCGCGUCGGAGAAAUCUAGACUUAUGGUUGCUUUGUCGUGUAGCAAUGAGGUCUGGGUGUUAAGUAGGUAUUUACAGUACUCGUUAAUUUCCUCUGAAAUACGGAGACAGGAUUCCACUUCCGUCAUUGUUUACAUCUCCGAGAAUGCGAUUGGGCGUGGCCUAGCUUGGGAUUUUGUGCGCGCGCAUUGGAAUAAACUACUGGAAGAGUAUGGUGAAUCGUCAUUUCAAUUUUCUCGACUAAUAUCUGGAGUGACCGCAGCAUUUAACACUAAUUUUGAACAUUCUCAGUUGGAAACCUUUCUGAAAGAAAAUCCAAAUAUGGGAUCUGGGACCCGUGCGUUCCAACAGGCUAUUGAGAAAACCAAGAGCAACAUCAACUGGAUGGACAAAAACUACGAUAUAGUGAAACAGUGGUUGGUGGAUCAAGGGUUCCUUAAUGUGUGAACGAUGACAAGGCGGGUCCAAAUGUGGCGAAGAUAGGACAUAUUUUUAUGUUUUGAUUUAAACCCUGGAUGAAGUGUAUUUAUAUGAUAAUGUCAUAUAAGAUAAGGAAUAAAUUCCAUUAUUUUUUGUUGGAUUGGGGUAUACCACCAAAAACAGAAAGAUGGAAAACUUUUCAUCAUGCGCUACCCCCCAUCCGACGAAAGAAAUUUAUGAAUUCUUUCCUUAACUAUUUUUCAUGCAUUACAUAUGUAUGCCAAAUAAUUCUUAGGGCUUUGACACAUAGUGCACAAACCGAAGGCACUAAAACCUUUACAUCUGUUUUAGCAUAGUGCACACAAGAUGUAACGUUACAAUCAUUAUGCUGACUGUUAAUAUACUAUUUUUUAGAUAUUAGGGAUCGGUAUUUACGUCUCAAAGGGACAUUAAAGGGCGAUAACUCUGAAUGCGGGUAUCUAAUAUGCGAUAUCGAUUAUUUCGUUAUCUUAAUGAUGCAUAAUUAUGAUUAAAAAAUUAUGAUCUGUAUUUAUCAAAUGUUUGGUCAAGCUUUCUUUAUAACGGUUAUAGUAGCUUUUGAUAACCUUUAAGAUAUAUACAUAUAUAUUUAUCCAUGGCAAAAUAGAUUACGCGUUCACAUGGCAAGUGACCCUCGGAGCUGUUUUGUUUUCUGAUAUGAACAGUAUAAACAAGACAAAAAAGUAAAGUUCCGUAAACGAAAUAGUGAUAGUGUACAUAAAUCCAGGCUCUAUGCGAAAAUCAAACAUAAAGGAAAAACUAACAGAAAACAUAUAGAUACUGUAUACAGAUUUGGUCAGGAAACAUAGGAUAUUUAAACAUCAUAUAGAGAGAAAAAUCGUGAUGUGGGGAUCUUUUGAUUAGAGAACGCACUCGCAUAAAGCUGGAUUGAAAUGGUCUGGGUUUUUUGUAUUAUUAUCAUUUUUAUGUUUGACAUAUUUUAUUAAUAAAAUUAAGCUGGAUUGAAAUGGUCUGGGGGGUUUCCUAUUAUUAUCAUUUUUAUGUUUGACAUAUUUUAUUAGUAAAAUUAAGCUGGAUUGAAAUGGUCUGGGGGUUUUCCUAUUUGUAUCACUUUUAUGUUUGACAUAUUGUUUCAAUAGAAUUCAUUGUCUAAAUAUUAUCAGAUUUUCUAUCCUCUCGUCUUUUUUAACUGUUUUACAUUGAUAAGAUUUUUGAAAUUAGAUGAGGAAAACAACAACUGUUUAUUCCACACCGUUAGGAUGUAGGUGAUGUUUUACCCAUAACACAGUUUAUAUUACAUGUACAUGAAUUAUAUUUCGUGUAAAUUUCUGUGUAGUCUAUUUAUAUCUCCAACGUACAAUACCAGUGGCGGAUAUAAAGUGGCGUCCCCCCCCCCGUAACCACAAUUCUUGGAUCUGCCGCUGAAUACGAAUCUAAAACCAACAACGAUAGCAGGACCAGGGUAGGACGGUUGACACCGAGAACAGUUACAGAAAUAGUACUCGAGACUUUUCAUUAACGUCACGAUUACGGCAACAGAAGCUGACAAACUCGGCAACGGGUACCACUUGGUAAACAUACUAGCCACACCGGCAACAGCGUCCGUCGUCAAGCGUGUGUAUAAUUAUGAAAGUGUGUGUUUGUGUGAAAGGUCGGCAAUGUAUUGUAUAGAAUUCAUAAUUCAUUGUGUAUCCUAUUUAACUAUUAUACAUGUAGUUUAUAUAUAUUUGAAUAGUUGUAUGAUAUAUUCAGAUAUAUCUGGAUCUGCACUGUGCGUGCGCAUUGUGUAUGAACGCCAUCACAAAAUAGCUUUGUUGAAUAUUAACAGAAAAGAUGUUUGCAGUGCUGUAAUUUCUUUAUCAUAAAAUAAAGGAUUUUGUUUACAAAUACUA